CAUUCAUCCAGCCACUACUCGUGUAACACGUCUGCUUGAGAUGGUCAUUAGCCACCAAAAUAAGUAGAACUAUACAAGGGGAAGUGUUUAAAAUAGGACAUACAGAUACAUAUUAAUAUACAGCUAUGACCUAUCUUACUUUUCAUGUUUUCCCCUCCCUUGCUUUCACACAACCUGUUUGUUCUGCCCCCUUACAUUCAUCUUCCACUUUUAGGUAACACCAGAUAGCAGAAACAAGAGAGAAACAGAAAGAGAGAGUGGGCGGGAAAAUGAGAGGAAGUGACAGAGAUACAUGAAGCUCAUAAAACGCAACCAAUACUAGUACAAAGAAAAACCACGUCAAACACAGAACUCUAAGGAAACCUUACAGGGAUUUAUUUUUCAUUUUUUUCUUUACUUUUCAAACAAAAACUUUUAGCAAUGACCUGCCCCAACGACAUGUACGAACACAACAGCAAGUGCUGCAACAAAUGUCAAAAAGGGACUCACAUGUCAUCUCAUUGUAGUAACUCUCCGAAAACUCAGUGUGUACAGUGUCCACAUGGCUACUACACUGAGAAUAUGAACUACUUAGACAAUUGUUUGGAAUGUAUAUCAUGUGACUCUGACCAUCAUUUGCAAACAGUAAAAAACUGCACAGCAGAAAGUAACACAAUAUGUAUGUGUAUGGAGGGCUUCUACUGUACUCAAUCUGUAGGACAUAAGGAUGAAUGUGGUAAAUGUGAGCCAGUCCGCCGUUGCCCACCAGGCCAUGGAGUUUCUUUUCCCCCCAACAGUAAAAGUGACACAUUGUGUAAGGCCUGUCCAGCAGGAACCUUCAACAAUAAUACAGAUUAUAUCACACCUUGUCGUAAUCACACCAGCUGUUUGGAUCUGGGGCGGAAAUUGGUUUUGUCUGGAACAGCAAAAACAGACGCAAUAUGUGGAGAUUUUAUCCCCAGUUGUCCUAAAAGUUAUUGGAUGCUUCCUGCUGGUUUGUGGGCGGGGCUAAUCCUGACCCUCAUCCUUGUUAUCAUUGGGUUUACCUGUCGGAAGUGUAAGCGUAAAAGAAACGCAGUGAUUACAAUGGUGAAUUCUCAGAAUUUCGUCCCGCCAGCUCUUCCUCCAGACGUCAUCAAGUAUCCGAGAAGCCCUGAGUUGCAAAAACUCACUAACAGUAAAGAUAAAGAUUGUGCUGUGGAGGAUGACUAUGCUCUCGAGUGUGAUGGCGUCUCUCUGAACAUGUUUCCGGAGAAAUGUGUGGCUUUCUCCAUCCCGGUCGAUAUAAACAUGUCCAUCAGCGAGCCCUACAAGUCCGAGCCUCAGGAGGAUGACUGGCCUGCACUCUGACACACCCUCAGCUUCCCUAGACUUCUGCCUUUCUCUGCUUCUCUCUCCACUCAGACUCUAACCUGCUGCUUAGUUUACUUUUUUCUCAGUUCUGCGUGGGCAUUACCCAUAAUGCACUGUAAGGAGUCUGCCAUUUUAUCUGAAACAUAGAAGUUAAUUGAAUGUUUCUGUGUCCCCUAAUUUUCAUUUAUAAACUGUUAGAAACUGUCAGUUAUAAGAGUUGUAUAUAGAGUGUAUAAAUUAUGCUAUAGACUGUUUUUAAUUUUUUAAUUUAUUUAUUUUUUCAUCUUUCCAACAUCUGAACAGGAUGCUAAACAAAAUAAUGUUUAGAUGAUUUCUUUUUAUAUUUUUAUAAGUAUUUCUUUUCAUUAAUUAAGGUUAUAUUCAUGUAUGGAAUUGAUUACAAUAAAUUGCUGAGAAAUCACAACAUUUAUAUAAACUAAGCAAUUAUUGUAAACCUUAAUUUAAACAUAAAACAAAAAAAUAAAUAAAUAAUUAAAAACCUUUAGAAGUUACGUUUCACUGCUAGAUACAGCUAGGACUACAGCGCCCCCUUGUGGUAGUAACAACUCGCUGCAUCUGUAUAACUUUUCUACAUCAUUUCAUCUGUCUCAUAAAUCACAGGACGUCUGAUGAUUUCUUUAACAUUCACGUGUUUAACGUUUGCUACACGGCAUUUAAAAAUCAAUAAAACACAAUAAAGAAUAGAA